AUCUGAUUGCCGACGCCGUCAGACUAUUCUAAAGCCCUUUUCGACAGUGUCUUAUCGAGGAGAGAUAUCCAGGGCCGUCGGAGCCCUCUUUGAUAUCAAUUCGACUGCCGAGAUCACCAUAAUCGCGUCCAAGACGCUCGCCGCAAUGUUUCCCCUCCGGUCUCUUCUCACCUCCGGGUCUUCUUCCCUGCGUCAAUUCCUCACCCGUCAGACGCUCUCUCAGUCAUUCGUCUCGAGGUCAUUUUCACAACUAUCCAGAAUCUCCAGCAGUAACGGCCUGCGAUCCCUGCGAUUCUGGAGACCGCAGGCCGGAAAUGGGGCGGUUGCAGGUGUCGGAGCUCUCGAGCAGGUUCGGGGAAUGAAGACGCGGUCUUCUGUUAAGAGACUGUGUGAUGGAUGCAAGGUAUGGAUUUCCUCUUGGAUAAUGUAGUUUGAGACAUGAUUUUUUAUGUGUGAUCAUCUCACAUGCUAAUCAACACUCUGGAACUACUAGCCCGUUCGGAGAAAGAACCGUGUUUAUAUCAUCUGGUAAGUCUCCUAUUCUCGAAUCAACCAAUGGAGCAGACAUGGAACUAAUCUGUUUCUCUCUUCUCUCAAAUAGCUCCAAGAACCCGAAGCACAAG